AUGAACAACCCUCGAGCUUGGACAUUCAUUUCCGACAAACAAAAGGGUUUGGUGGAUUCCAUAAGUCAAUACUGUGAAGGAGCAGAGCAUAGGUGUUGUGCUAGACAUCUUUAUAGCAAUUUUACCUUGGCACACAAAGGUCUGGCACUUAAGAACCUAUUUUGGACUACAGCAAGGGUAACAACAGUGCCGGAGUGGAAGAGUGCAAUGAAUGAGUUAAAAGACAUAAGUGAAGAGGCUUACAACUGGUUCCUUGACAAACCUCCUUCCCAGUGGACUAGAUCCCAUUUUGAAGACCAUUCGAGAUGUGAUAUUCUUCUUAAUAAUUUGUGUGAGGCAUUCAACUCUUCCAUUGUUGUUGCCAGAGACAGGUCCAUCUUCUCCAUGCUAGAGAAAAUUCGGCAUCAGCAAAUGAUAAGGAUGAAUGCAGAAGGGGAAGCGGCACAGAGGUGGGAUCAUGCAUUCGGGCCAAGAAUUGUGAAAAUCAUUGAAAAGGCUGAGUCUGAGGCAAGGUACUUGAAGGCAGACUAUGAAGGUAACCAGAAAUUUGAGAUAAGUAGCAGAGACGGUUUGAGGUGGAAUGUUGACUUGACAGAACAUGCAUGUGCUUGCAGAAAAUGGCAGCUCACUGGAAUACCAUGUCCCCAUGCAAUAUCAGGCAUGCUUUCAAGGGAUAUUGGCAUAUAUGAGUACAUCGACCCAUGGUAUAGCAAGGAGACAUACCUGAAAUGUUACUCCCCAGUGAUCCACCCGAUGUCAGGCCUUGAACUGUGGCCAGAAUUGGGAAAGCAUCCUCUCAAUCAACCUCAGAAGAGAAAAUAG